GCGCAGCACUGCGUCUCCGCCCCAAGCCCCGCGCGCCCGGCAAUCGCGUGCCCACCGCUGGAGCGCGGCGUCCCCAUGCAGUCCUGGCAACCUGUCACGGAGGAGGACGUGACUCGGAGCUGCCGCCGCUUCCUCUAAGCCAUAUUCCUUUAAGAUGAUGUAAUAGUCAUUUCCCUGGAUGGUUUCUUGCCUGCACUGCUGAAACAACAGCAUCCGAACUGCACUGGGAACUGUGGAACCACCCAGCUCCGCCACCAGAGAAGCCGGAGCCCCGGGCCCCCCGCCGGCAUCUCUGCCCUGCUUUGGCCUCUGGCUCCCACCGGCUCCCACCUGGCUGGGAACAUGGGAGUCCGUUUGCCCUUGCCGGCAGGUGGGGUGGCUACCUGGGACCCCAGCAGGGCACGUCUCUCCAUCUUUCUGCUUCUGGGCUUUCUGAAAAGCUUCUAAGUCCUGGUACCUCUUGCAACUCUCUUCUAAGGAUCCUUUCCAAAGAUUCCUUUUUCCAUUUUUCCCCCCCACGGGGAAGCUUUGGUUGAAUAUUUUCUCUGCUUUACUUCUUCAACCCAACCUCCUCUCAUCACGGUUUAACUUUUUUGUGACUUGUUUUAACUUAAGAUAAGGAGUGAAUACAUAUGUACCUACAUACUUACAUAAACACAAAUAGGCAUUUAUAUAAAUACAUACAUAUAAUAGUUAUUUUCCAAGAGCACACCUCUCUGGCACUUUUCAUUGAUACCUCGGUCGUUUACCUGUUUGGGAUUUGACAAGAUCCAGACUCAGUUUGGCUGUGGAUUCUGAUUGCUUUACAAAUGGUUAUUAUUAUUUUUUUUUUCACAAGAACUGGGUCUCCAGCACUCACUAAGACGGACAUCUGAGUAACUGGGGAAUUGGCCUGCCUUGCCUGUGAGCUUGACGGAAGAUUGGAUAUAGAUGAGUUGAUUAUAUUCUAUGAAGUAACAGCUCACUACCAUCUACCAUCCAGGGUUUAAACUACUUUUUCAGCAUCACUUCACCUGUGGACUCUUAUACAUUUUGCUUUCUUGGGGGAAAAAACCUGGGAUAAGAGGAGGUCAUUUUUUAAUAAGUUAGCAUCCUUUUCCCUUUCUUACAAGUUGAUCCAAAGGAUAAGGCUGUGACUCCAUUGGAUUGCACCUUCAAAUCAAAAUAGCAGCAGCAGAAGAAAGGGACAAUGGCUCUGAGUGGAAACUGUAGUCGUUAUUAUCCUCGAGAGCAAGGGGCCGCAGUUCCAAACUCCUUCCCUGAGGUAGUAGAGCUGAAUGUUGGGGGUCAAGUUUAUUUUACUCGCCAUUCCACGUUGAUAAGCAUCCCUCAUUCCUUCCUGUGGAAAAUGUUUUCCCCAAAGAGAGACACGGCUAAUGAUCUAGCCAAGGACUCUAAGGGAAGGUUUUUCAUUGACAGAGAUGGAUUCUUGUUCCGUUAUAUUCUGGACUAUCUCAGGGACAGGCAGGUGGUCCUGCCUGAUCACUUUCCAGAAAAAGGAAGACUGAAAAGGGAAGCUGAAUACUUCCAGCUCCCAGACUUGGUCAAACUCCUGACCCCUGAUGAAAUCAAGCAAAGCCCAGAUGAAUUCUGCCACAGUGACUUUGAAGAUGCCUCCCAAGGAAGCGACACAAGAAUCUGUCCCCCUUCCUCCCUGCUCCCCACCGACCGCAAGUGGGGUUUCAUUACUGUGGGUUACAGAGGAUCCUGCACCUUGGGCAGAGAGGGACAGGCAGAUGCCAAGUUUCGGAGAGUUCCCCGGAUUUUGGUUUGUGGAAGGAUUUCCUUGGCAAAAGAAGUCUUUGGAGAAACUUUGAAUGAAAGCAGAGACCCUGAUCGAGCCCCAGAAAGAUACACCUCCAGAUUUUAUCUCAAAUUCAAGCACCUGGAAAGGGCUUUUGAUAUGUUGUCAGAGUGUGGAUUCCACAUGGUGGCCUGUAACUCAUCGGUGACAGCAUCUUUCAUCAACCAAUAUACAGAUGACAAGAUCUGGUCAAGCUACACUGAAUAUGUCUUCUACCGUGAGCCUUCCAGAUGGUCACCCUCACACUGCGAUUGCUGCUGCAAGAAUGGCAAAGGUGACAAAGAAGGGGAGAGUGGCACGUCUUGCAAUGACCUCUCCACAUCCAGCUGCGACAGCCAGUCUGAGGCCAGCUCUCCCCAGGAGACGGUCAUCUGUGGUCCCGUGACACGCCAGACCAACAUCCAGACUCUGGACCGUCCCAUCAAGAAGGGCCCUGUCCAGCUGAUCCAACAGUCAGAGAUGCGGCGGAAAAGCGACUUACUCCGGACUCUGACUUCAGGCUCCAGGGAAUCGAACAUGAGCAGCAAAAAAAAAGCUGUUAAAGAAAAGCUGUCAAUUGAGGAGGAGCUGGAGAAAUGUAUCCAGGAUUUCCUAAAAAUCAAAAUUCCAGAUCGGUUUCCUGAGAGAAAACAUCCUUGGCAAUCUGAACUUUUACGGAAGUAUCAUCUAUAAGGGAGGGCUGGGGGUGGGAAGAUAAAAAGAAAAAAAAAAAAUCUUCAUUUUGAAAUUAAUCUCCUAAAAGGAAUUCAUAUUUUAAAGGAAAAAAUACAACUAAUGAUGCACAUUUCUUAGAACACAAUAGUCCAUUGAUAUACUACUGCCUACUUUACCUAGUUCACCUUAACAUGUAAAUCCACAGGGUAGAUUUCUUUCUAGAUGUGGAAGUACAAGAAAAUCUUUUUUAGUUAUUUGUUUGUUUACUUGGUCCCAUGUGCUAAGUAUCUUAUAUAUAAUGAGAGUCAGCUAUAUAAAAGUAGCUGAGAGGCCUUGGGAAUUGUUUAUCCCAAACCGGGUUUUUUUCUCUCAUCUUCUACCUCCCUCCUUUGAAUGAGGGUAUGGUAAAAAAAAAAAAGAUCUGGCCCAAUGGCAUAAGUUUGGAAUUUUAAAUUUUGCUUUUUCCUUUUGUUUAUGGGGUAAGGGGGGAAUGGCAGAUUUAUAUGACUUUUCACUCAAAUCUAUAUGUGCCAGUUUAUAUUGACUCUGUAUGCAUGAGUAUUUGUGCAACAUAAGCACAACUAAGUAUGUAUAUACACACUACGCACACGAUGCCAGGGCCUAGACAUCCCAAGGGCUGUACUCCUGCUCCCAGCAGCCCUCUCUUAGAACAUUUCAGAUGGAUGAGCUUCUGACUCUUUCUUAAAAUUCUUUUGGGAAGAUUUCCCAACCUUUCUUCACAACGCUUUCUAACAUCAAAUGACCCUCAUCAUCAACAAAUUGUAUUCCUUAUUUUGAAAUUAAUACCCUCAGGCUCCAUUUUACUGCUUUGCUCUUUGUCUGCAUUAAGAGAGGAUGAGGAGAGCUGGUCAAACAUUCUUUGUGUUAAAAAAUCAAACAUUCGUAUUCGCAAAAUUUUCUGCUAAAUGACCCCACACUCAGCCUUCUCUACCCUGAACUAAAUUAUCACCUUUCUCUCCAUGUUUUCAGAGUUCUUACUGCCCACAGUUUAAUGGUGUGGCCUUUCCACGUAAACCACGUUAAGUUCUGUGUUCCUGUGUUGUGGAACUAAGGACAACACACAGUACUCAAAUAAGGGUCCGGCCUUUUGUUUGUUUUAGAGAAAGUUGUAUUCCACAUACAAUCUAAUAAUUUCUUAUAAAAAUUUUAAGCUACGAAGCUACAUUUUUACUUGCUGGUAGCCUUUUUUGUUUGCCUUUGGGAUUCGGGGUUUGGCUGUGCCCAUGCUAGGGUUUAGCUGUGUCAUUUUUAUGAUGUUUGUAACAACCCAGCAAGGUAACUAAAGCUCCAAAGUUAAGGUUUCCGAUUUCUAAAUGAAACAAUCUUUUUCAAUUACAUCCUGACCAGUAUAGACACAGCCAAAAAGAAACCGCUAAUAGCCAUCCAUCCAUGUAACUCUGUAUUUUACUAAGGUACCAAUAGCUCUUUCAUAGACUUGUGCUACAUGAAGGUUGAAAGACCAGUUUUUAUUUUCAGCAUUCCUCAUGCAUUUCAGUAGUAACCAAAAAUUGAUUUGUCAAUUAUUAAUUGUGUGCCAAGCACUCCUAAUUUGUUUCAUUGCGUGUGUGUGCAUGUGUGUAUGUGUACCACAGGUAAUAAAGGCAAUUGGAUGGUAUCUAUAGGAGGAAAACAAUGACUAAUUUCUUCCUUUUAAAAUCUUUCAUUGAUGCACAUUUAUUAUGUAAGAGGUUCUGUCUUGAUUUCUGUUCUUAGUGAUGAUUAGUAUAUGAAUAUUUUUCUGAAUUUUUGUAAUUCUCGCCUUCACACUUGGAUGACAGGCUCAGCUAAGUUUUCCUUGUCCUGAAGGUUUGAAUGGAGUUUAAAGUUUUUACAUAAGUGAAAAAGAAAGUAUAUCUUGGGAGUUGAGCUGUCAAGAGAAUUAUAAUUUAUGAAUUUAAGUGAUGUUCUUUUCUGUAUUAAUAUAUUAGCAGAUAUUUGAUCUUAACUACAACAUAGCUUUGUUUGUAAAGCCUACCAGUAUGUCUUCAUUCUUUUCAAUGUUUCUUGAUAGCACAUGAAAAUACCAUCAUCCUAAUAACAGAAGAUCUUGCAAAGAAUCACAGAGCUUAAUGGGUCAAGAAGUUGAAUUUGGGGAAAAUAUCCUGAAACUCACUUUGGUCAUAUGAUAAUUGUGUUAUCACUGGAAGUGCUGUCAAAGACUUUGGUGUCUAACUAAAAUGGCCAAAGUUCCAACUUCCUUAAAUUUCAGACCUGACUGUAGUGGCCUCACGAUAGAGAGAUACCCUCAUAAGAAUUAAAGAAUUAAGAUGAUAGUCAACCCAAUAUUUCUACUACAUUCUUUAAACAGGAAAUUAAACACUGCAAAAGGAGUGUUAAUGGCAGUGUUCUUCUGACCCCUGACCUGUCAUCAGUUUUCUCUGCUCUGACAUUCCUUAUAUACCCAGUGAACAAAGCUAGAAUAGAAAACCUGUUUAAAACAAUCACAACAGCAGUAUUUUUAUUUUGGGCCACCUCUCGGCUGGCACCCAUCCCAUAGUAAAAUAUU